CCGUCUCCGCCUCGCAACGCAACAGCGCCAAUCCACUCGCCCACCGUACCGUACCGCCGCCACGCCAUCACCACCACCACGGGUCCAGCACCCGCGGCCGCGAUGAACCGCUUCCCCGAUGGGGCGCACGUGUGGCUGCGGAGCCGCGCGCGGCGCGGGUACUACGUCUACGCCGACGAGGACGGGUCCGGCGUCUCCCUCAGCACGGACCGCGCGACGCUGAACGCGGCGUGGCAGGUGCACCGGAUCGCGCGCGAAGGCGUCUCCUACGUCCUCCUCCUUAGCGCCGCCUACGGCCGCUACCUCGCGCUCUCGGCGUCCUCGGCCAGGGACGGCCACCGCGGCCACGCAGCCGCCCAGAGCGACUUCAGUGAGCCGCAGCAGCUCAACAUCAGGUGGAGGGCCGUCUCGGCGUUGGAUGGCAGCGGCGACGUCCUCCUGCGCUGCAACUUGGGAGUGGGCGAAGAACGCUACCUCCGCGCCAACGGCAGGUACCGCCGCUGGAACAGCGGCGUCACCGUCGAUGUCCUUGGCAACGGGAGCACGAUGAUGCAUUGGACGGUCGUGAAGAUCCCCCUGAGACCAUCGCCGCCUGCCCUUCCAAAACCAUCUACGGAUCUGGGAGUCCCCACUGGCCUGUUACAGCGGCGCACUGGGCCCGCGAUGGACCGGCAGCGAACGAUCCAGUACAUGCAGGGAAACGAUGAGGGAAACUUGCUCGGCACAAAGACAUUCAGUUUCUUGGGGCGGUCCGUGUUCAACCUGACGAAGGAGGUGGCGACGCAAGUGCGCGUGGACAUGUUCACAAUCACACUGUGCGUGCACGCUGGCUUCCAUGGGCGACUGACCCCUCUGGUCGUCGACCUGCCUCAUAGCGAAGACCCUUUGGACAUUGUCAUCCUCCCCAGCAGUUCACCAGCUGCUAUGGCAUUGCGGCACCCAAAUGUGGAUGCACCUGAACCCGCACCCAGCAUAUAGGAGCAGGACUGAUGACAGCAAUUUCGUGAUUGAUCUCUCGGAUACAGCGACAUGAGGAUAGGUCUUCGUUUCUUGGUUCAUAUAGUUUCAGAGAAAACACAGCAACUCUUCUGGUUUCUGGUAGUUUUGUUGGAGGCAUUCUCCUGACUGAAAGCAGUUUAUCUUGCCUAUUCAGUUUUAGUACUCACAAACUGAUCUAGUUACUAUCUUCAUCUUUGUUACUAAUUGGAUGGGGUUAGUGUUUGAACGAUUUUGCAUAGUGGCAUUUGUUGUACUUAGCAUCUUCAUCUCUAUUGGGUGAUAAUACACAUUUUGGUGGCUUACUCUAUAUUUUCUCCUGAAUCCUGAUAUGCCAGAUUUUUCAGUCA